CGGCCUCACACCAAAAUUGAUCAUCCAAGUAUGAGAUGAGAAUUAUGCAGUGUUGUUUAGCGUCCCACACCUCCUCAGAAAACCUCAUGCCGUUGUCUCCAUCCGGCCACAUCCAUGGCCGUGGCCUCCUCUUCAUCGCCAUGGUGGCGAGCCUCUCCACGGUGGUGACAUCUCAGGCCAGCAAGUACUCGUGGGUGGACUGCCAAUCCUCGGCGGCGGCAUCUCCAUCUCCUCCCUCACCGUCCUCCUCCUCCACCAACACCACUUUCUGGUCCAACGUGGUGGCGCUACUGGACGCGCUCCCGUCGUCCGCUGCGCCGACGGGCUUCGCCUCCCUGUCCCGCGGCAACGGCACCGACCGCGCCUUCGUCCGGGGAAUGUGCCGUGGUGACACCGCGCCGGACCGCUGCGCCACCUACCUCCGGGACGCCGCGCUGAGCAUCCGGAGCAGCUGCAACAGCAGCAGCCGCCGCGCCGCCAUCUGGUACGACGACGGCUCCGGCGUGACGAUCCCGGCGCCGAUGUUCUGCUUCGUCAGCUACGCGGACACCAACGCGUCCACCGCCUACGAGGACGCGUUCCGGCAGCCGUUCCAGAACGCCGACGUGGUCCCCGACAUAGACGCCUUCGGGAGAAGCUACAACGCGCUGAUGAGCAACCUCAGCGCGCGCGUCGUCGCCGUCGGCGGCGGCUCCGGCACGCCACCGCCGGCGCCGAUGUUCGCAACGGGGGCGGCCGUGUACGACGCCGCUGCCCCCAACGGCACCAUGUACGGGCUGUUGCAGUGCAUGAGGGACCGGACGCCGGCGGAGUGCGGCCGGUGCUUGCAGGACUCGGUGCAGCGACUGCCGACAUGCUGCAGGGGGCGCCGGGGCGGGUUGGUGUUCGCCUACAACUGCUACCUGCGCAUGGAGGUAUACCCUUACUACAAUCUGACCCUCGAUGGGCCGCCGCUUCUAGCGCCGACUCCGUCGCCCAUCUUCACCGGAGCCGGAGAGAGCCCAGGAAAAAAACGGGUCAAUGUGACUCUCGCCGUCGCCAUCCCUGUUGGAACAGUGCUCGCCGUAGUCGCCAUGGUUGCUGUUUUCCUGUACAGGAGAAAGGUCAACCGGAAGAAAACAGGACCAGGCUUUUAUAUGAGAGACAAUAGCAGUAUCAAAGAAGAAGAUAUGGGUUAUGUUGAACCCGAGCAACUUAAUCUAGUGGUGUUAAGAGCUGCAACAAAUAAUUUCUCUGAAGAAAACAAAAUUGGGGAGGGAGGUUUCGGAGAAGUGUUCAAGGGUACAUUACAGGACGGGGAAGAAAUAGCUGUGAAGAGGCUUUCGCAGGAUUCCUCACAGGGGUUCCAAGAGCUUAAGAACGAGCUCGUGCUGGCUGCCAAGCUCAAGCACAGGAACCUGGUCCAGCUCCUGGGGGUGUCCUUGCAAGAAGAGAAGCUGGUCAUCUACGAGUAUAUGCCCAAUAGAAGCCUAGAUACCUUCCUUUCCGGUAUCCAUCAAACUACUGUUAAAAUUCAAAUAAGACAUUUCUCAUUUAUUUAUCUUCUAUUGUACUGCUCUUGUUAUCUGAGUGCAGAUCCAAUGAGACGGAAGCAGCUGGAUUGGAGCAAGAGGUUUUCCAUCAUCUGUGGUAUCGCGCGGGGACUUCUUUACCUCCAUGAGGAGUCCCGCUUAAAGGUCAUCCACAGAGAUCUAAAGCCGAGCAAUGUGUUGCUUGAUGCGGAUAUGAACCCCAAAAUUUCAGAUUUCGGAAUUGCCAGAGCUUUCACCGUAGACCAAUCUAGAGAUAUAACAAGAAGACCUGUUGGAACCCUCGGGUACAUGUCCCCAGAGUAUGCCUACUGGGGUCAUGUUUCGACCAAGUCGGACAUAUUCAGCUUUGGUGUCAUAGUCCUAGAGAUGGUGACCGGGCGAAGGAACAAUAGCGCAUACAACAACACUUCAGACUCCAUAUCUGUUCUGAGCCAUGUUUGGGACAAGUGGAGGGCUGGUUCAAUGGUGGAUGUCGUAGACCCAUUGCUAGCUGAGUCUGGGUACCCAGAAAGCGAGGUCCUAAACUGCAUAGAGAUCGGGCUUCUAUGCGUCCAGGAAAACCCGGUGGAUCGGCCAGACGCCUCGGCGGUGGUGCUUAUGCUCAGCAGUCCGACCACAACGUCCGAUGACAGACGAGCCCCAUCUCGGCCGGCCUUCGUCUUCAGCUCCGGCUUAACUGAAUCAGAUCACCCAUCAAGAUCUGGCGCCAGGAGCUCUGAUGGUGUUCUGGUUAUCAGCAAUAAACAGUCUUCGACGACCACGGUUUCAGAGAAUGAGAUGUCAAUCUCGGAGCUUCAACCGAGGUAGAUAUGUGUUGUGUAGAGUGCGGAGCACAAGCUGCUAGCUGUGUUCCAUUCGGCCUAUGAUUAAUCUCAAUGAUCUUAAAGCAUAAAUAGCUGAUAAAGAAAAAUUCAGAAAAUAUUCUAAGCAGGUUCCAUUACUCAUUCAUCUCAUUUGGGGGGCUGUGAUGGUCACCCCGGGUUCCUUA